UGGAGCCUCCAGGAAGAGUAAGAAGGACAGAGGCCACAAGACUGGAGCCUCCAGGAAGAGUAAGAAGGACAGCGGCGACAAAGGUGGAGGCUCCGGGGAAGGACAGGCACUGGACGACCGGUGCAAGAAGACUGUGAUGGCGUGCAAGAGGUACGGCGGCCGGUGUGUCAGUCCAGAUAAAAAGUGUUCAUCUGUGUACAAAACUUACACCAGCAGCUCCUGUAAAACUUGUAAAUGUUGCAAACAAGAUUGCAAAACCAAGAGCAAGUGCAAGAAGCGUGGAGGGUCCUGCAAGACGUUGUGUUCGGUGGGUGAGAGCGUGUAUAGGACUGGCUGUAAAGGACGGAAGUGCAAGUGUUGUGUGGCUGGUGGUGGAGAUUGCAAAACCCAGAGCAAGUGCAAGAAGCGUGGAGGGUCCUGCAAGACGUUGUGUUCGGUGGGUGAGAGCGUGUAUAAGACUGGCUGUAAAGGACGGAAGUGCAAGUGUUGUGUGGUGGGUGGUGGAGGAACAACGGUUUCAUCAACAACCUCAAGAUCGAAAACAACCUCACGAUCAACAAGAUCUUCAGGACCAACAACAAACUCAGGACCAACAACAACUUCAGCACAACCAACAACCUCUGUAACAACAACAUUACCAAAAUCAAUCACAACAUCUUCAACAACAUCUAGCAUCACUACCCCCAGUACAACUCCGAUCACCACCACCACUUCGUCUUCCACUACUACUACAACUGCUAUAAUGACAACCACUACCACAAGCAGUAAAUUGACUACAACUACUACCACCACUACUAUACCAGCCACCACAACAACACCGAAACAUUGCCAAUUCAUCCACGACAAGGAAGGACAUCUAUCUGGUUUUGAGAUGAAAUGCAAAACAAAAUGUUUUCCCCAAGAGAUGGCAACCAUUAUAUGUAAACACAAGUAUUCUACAUCAGCCUGCACCCCAGGAUGUGCCUGCUGCAUUGUGAAACAUCAUGAGACAACGAUAACCACAGCACCUACAACCUCAACUGUAACUACGAGAACUUCUACCAGCACUACAUCAACUACCACUACCACCACCAGUACAAGACUGACCACUACCACCACCAGUACAACACCGUCCAUUACC